CCGAAUGGACGAGAAGCAGAAGCAGCGGCCCGUUGUUGAAGAAGACCAGGUGGCGGAGGAGCAAGAUCGGAGCAGCGAGAGCGGCGGCGAGUACACGUCGGAGGACGAGGGGACGGAGGAUUACCGGCGGGGCGGGUACCAUGCGGUCCGGGUCGGCGAUGCUUUCAAGAACGGGCGGUACGUGGUACAGAGCAAGCUCGGCUGGGGCCAUUUCUCCACUGUCUGGCUUGGUUGGGACACUCAGAAAUCGCGAUAUGUAGCCCUCAAAGUUCAAAAGAGUGCUCAGCACUAUACAGAAGCUGCCAUGGAUGAGAUAACUAUCUUGCAACAGAUAGCAGAAGGAGACCCAGAGGAUCAGAAGUGUGUGGUGAAGCUCUUGGAUCAUUUCAAGCAUUCAGGUCCGAAUGGACAGCAUGUCUGUAUGGUAUUCGAGUAUCUAGGGGAUAACCUUUUGACUCUUAUUAAGUACAGUGAUUAUCGUGGACUGCCCAUUCAUAGGGUCAAGGAGAUAUGCAUCAACAUUUUGGUGGGGUUGGAUUACUUACAUAGACAACUUUCCAUUAUACACACUGAUCUAAAGCCGGAGAACAUAUUGUUGCUAUCAAUGAUCGACCCCUCGAAGGAUCCCAUAAAGGCCAGGACUCCUCUCAUUCUUCCAAAUAGUAGGGACAAGGGUUCAGUAGAGUCUGCCGUCUCGAGAUUAAAUGGCGACUUGACUAGGAAUCAAAAGAAGAAGAUCCGAAGGAAGGCUAAACGAGCAGCUCAUGAAUGUGUGGAGAAGGAAGCUUCUGAAGCCGACAUGGACCGUGAAACAUCUGCAGCAGUGGAGGAAUCUUCUACUGCUAGAGGAAAACCAAGUGUCAAUCGACCAUCUGAUUCUCUUGAAGCAAAGCGGGCCAUUUUAGAAAGGCAGGGUAGUAAAAGGGGAAGCCGCACCACAAGACAGAACCUGCUUGCAUCAGCUGAUCUCAAGUGCAAAUUGGUGGACUUUGGGAAUGCUUGCUGGACGUACAAACAGUUCACGAGUGAUAUUCAGACUAGACAGUAUCGCUGUCCUGAAGUCAUCCUUGGAUCGAAAUACUCUACUUCGGCCGAUCUUUGGUCUUUUGCUUGCAUAUGUUUUGAGCUUGCAACCGGAGACGUGCUCUUUGACCCUCACAGUGGUGACAAUUUUGACAGGGAUGAGGACCAUUUGGCUCUAAUGAUGGAGCUGCUUGGAAUGAUGCCGCGCAAGGUUGCCUUAGGUGGCCGCUAUUCCCGGGAUUUCUUCAACAGAUUCGGUGAUCUGAGGCACAUACGCAGGUUGCGGUUCUGGCCACUGAACAAGGUUCUUGUUGAGAAGUACGAGUUCAGCGAGAGAGAUGCAAGUGAACUGACGGAAUUUCUGGUUCCCAUACUUGAUUUUGUUCCCGAGAAACGUCCGACUGCUGCUCAGUGUCUUCUUCAUCCAUGGAUCAACCGGAUCCUUGGUAGUUUAGAGCCGAACCAAGCUCAGGAAACCCGGAAUUCCGAAAAGAAGAGGGACAAGGAUGAGAAAGAGGCCAUGGAGAUUGGUAUGGGGAAAAUUGCUAUCAAUGCGGAUAUGAAUGCUGCUGAUUCUUCCAAAGGUCUGAAGGUCGUGAGCCCCUUAUCUAAGUAGGGUUAUGCACUGUAUUAUCUACAACAGAGCGCAACAGGAAGCCCGGUUCUUGUGCAGCUCCGGAUGGGAUAAUGAUUUUUUGGACAGAGUUGGACGGACAUAUUUCUCAAAUUCAGGGUUGGGGGAACAAUUGUUCCCUGCAAGAGCAUCAUUGAAGUUUGUAUGCCAAUUAUCCUUGUACAAUUUGAUGCUGGAAAACUGUAGGCAUUCUCAGUAAAAUGAACCUGCCUUUGUCCACAUUUGUUUAUGUUGUGACAUUGGGACCCUCCAAGUACAUUUGUUCUUCAAUCCUACACCAUUCUUUAUUUCUUUUCGGGGGAGAAGGUGCUGGGCUGCUGGCCCUUUCUAAUACUCUUUUCUCUCAUUUUCACUGUUCUUAGUUGGACUCCAUUUCCAGGCCCGACCCGACCCAACAAGAUCUCUUACCGGAUGAUGAAUAACAGUAACAGCUUCUCUCUUA